AUGUCAAAUUUUUCAGUCGCAACACAAGACCAGACGACAACCAGGGCGAAUACCCUGUUGGAUGACGCUGAUGACAUCCAGAAGCAAUUAGAUAAUGAAGCCCGGAACAAAAUGGGAAAACUUAACAGUAUGAAUGAAAAUACUUUAGAGAAACUGGCUAAAAAGGGCCAAAUGAACUGGCCUUUGGAGUAUCCUGAAUGUGGCGGUCGAUCACAGUCACCCAUUGAUUUACCCAAAAAUGGUCUUAUUAAGACUAAAGAAGGCCGACCACUGGUCUUCGUGAAUUACAACAAGAAACCAAAAGACCUCUACGCAAUCAACGAUGGAAACAGGCUUCGCAUAACCGGUUCCUGGGAUAAAAAGGACCAGCCGAUGAUAUACGGAGGAGCAGCUCACAACCGCCGUUAUUUAUUCCAUUCGCUUACACUUCACUGGCCCUCCGAGCAUGCCAUAGAGGGUCUACAAUUCCCGCUCGAGAGUCAAGUGUUGCACGUUUCAGCUGAGUACCAAACACUUGAAGACGCAGUGAUGUCGUCUAAGAAGGAUCGACUCGCGUUUCUUGGUGUCGUCAAUUUAUUUAUGUACAAAAAUAACACUCAGACUGGCGUUGAAGAGAUAAUAGAAGCUAUAAAAACAGGCGCUGUGAACUCGUCACUAGAUGUUCAGUCGUUGGGUUAUUUCAGCCCUACGUUUAAGCACUAUGCCUCUUACCAUGGCUCUCUCACGAUUCCACCUUGCACUGAAGCUGUUCUAUGGCUGAUAAGGGAUAAAACGUUGCCAAUAACAAGGAAAACGGCGAAGGAAUUUCACAACUUGCUCGUUGAAGAUUUUCAAGGAAGUCUCUUACGACACACUCAACCUCUUAAUGACAGGAGAGUGUAUUUAUUUAAUUAA